ACCACUGAUAUUAGACAACCACAUGUAUCUUCAACUACGAUAGUAGAAAGUGGUCAUUGUGAAGUUGGUAAAAGUUUCGGAAUGGGUUCUUAUUUUAAUUUAAAACAUACUAUAAAAAUUUAUUAUGAAAUACAUGGAAUUGGCCCAAAUAAAUUACUUUUUAUCAUGGGACUAAAUAAUACAGCAGAAAGUUGGGAUCAUCAAAUCAACUAUUUUGGAAAUCAUCCCGAUUACCAAGUAUGCGUUUUUGAUAAUCGUGGUGUUGGUUAUUCAGACGCACCGGCGGGAUUCUAUAGCACAAGUCAAAUGGCACAUGAUGUAAUCGAUUUAUGUGAAUACUUAGGAUGGACAAAAAAUAUUCAUCUAAUUGGUGUUUCGAUGGGUGGUAUGAUUUCACAAGAAUUGGUGCUAGCCAAACCACAAUACUUUAAAUCUCUCUGUUUAACUUCUACAACACCAGGAAUGACAUUACCUCCGUUGUUAUGUGUCACUACGUUGAGUAAAUUAAUGUUUAUUAGAAAUCCACUUGAUAAAAUUGACAUUGUUGUAAAAUUGUUAUUUCCAAAUGAAUGGUUAAGAGCUCCUGCUCCUCCAGGUUCAUCUCAUGCAACAAAUGAAGAACAUAUAUUAGAGACAUAUCGUCAACGAAUAGCAAAACGUGGAAUUCAACCUGUUAAUGGAGCAAUUGGUCAAAUGGCUGCGUGUAUCCGUCAUUAUUGUUCUCCUAGUCGUCUUCAUCGCAUUAAAUGUUAUAUUUCACAGAUUUUGGUUAUAACAGGAACUUUGGAUAACUUAAUUAAUCCAGCAAAUAGUCACUAUUUAGCAAAACAAUUAAAUGCAGAUUUUGAAUGUUGGGAAGGAUCUGGUCAUGCAUUACCAAAUGAACAAGCUGAACGAUAUAAUAAUUUAUUAGAUUUGCAUUUUAGAAAAUCUGGUCUAAUUAAUACAGACGAUUAAUUAUUUGUAAUAUAUUAUAAAUAUCACAUAUAUUUGUCUGGACCCUGGAGCACUAGAUUAUGUGAUACUUUUCUUAAUGACCCCUGAAAUUUACCAAGAUCGCGUAAUACUGGUUUGUACGACGGACUUAGACGGUUUCCAUUUUCCUAGUAAUUAUUUAAUUGAAGUUAAACUGGUUUAUUUUUAAUAAAUUAUUUAAAGAGAUAUAUUAUUACAAGUUAUUUAUAUCAUGAAUAAAGUUUAUAAAAUAAUAUAUGCAAAGUUUUAAUAAUU